GAAGCCAUCCAGCAAACUAAGUCACUCUUCUAGGCCAAUACAUAGGUUGUUGCUUUGGGUGGAUUUGGCAAAGCGGGAGCCAAAAUGAGCAAGCCUGUGAAGAUUGGGCCAUGGGGUGGGAAUGGUGGCAGCGAGCGUGAUGUCCAGCCAAAGCCCAUCCGUAUGGUUAGUAUGACCGUCAGUAGCGGAGCUAUCGUUGACGCUAUUGCAUUCACCUAUGUGGGCACCGAUAACGUUCAACACUCUUCCGGCAUCAAGUGGGGUGGCACUGGAGGCACGGAAGAUACGAUUAAUCUAGACGCUACGAACUACGUGACCGAAAUCUCCGGGACGGUGGGUAAAUUUGGGACCGACGACAUCGUCACGUCUCUUAAAAUUGUCACCUCCAAGGGGGUUACCAAGAUAUAUGGCUCAGGUACCGGAACUCCAUUCCGCGUCCCGGUGCUUGACGGGGGUAAGAUCGCCGGCUUCUUUGGACGCGCUGGUGCCUUCCUGGACGCGAUUGGGCUCUACAUUACUCCAUGAAUGGUUGGUUGAUAUGGGCCGGCCACCUCUCCACUGGAGGAAGAAGGGGCAUAGUAUUACGGUUAGCAUCUGCUUGCUAGAAUAAAUAAACUUGCGAAGUGCUUUACAUGGCACUUUAGCAUAUGUGUGUGAUAAUGUGUGACGCUGCGAUUCUCAAGUCGUGGGAUGGCACGGCAAGUGUGUGUGGAUCAUAUGUUGCGCGUGUCUUCUGGCUAGUUAUUAGCUAAGGCCAGGCGUUGCGUUGUAAAGGCGCACAUGUGUAUGAAUAAAAGAAGUUUGUGAAAAAUGAUGUCCCGAAAGACCGAAGUUAUAGUAUUUUACACACAAAUUAAAGAAAA